GCUGCAGACUAGAUUCAGCAGUUUAAGAGUAUGUUUAUUCUAAAUACAGUUUCAGGCUUAACAAUUAAUAUUUAAAGGUAUUAGUUUUUCUAUAUUAGUUUUGAUUUAUAGUAACUGCCUGUAAUCUUUGUCAUCUGAAAAAGAAAAUGUUUAAUUAAGUAAAUGAACAUAUUAAAUGUGAUUUUGUUUUUCAUUUGUACUUUGUUUGUGCACUGUCCUAUUGAAUUUGAGUCACCAGUCUGUGAAAAGUUGUAUUCAAAAACUUGAUUAGUACUUUUAACAUAAGUGUGGAGCUGUGCUCAUUAAAAACAAAUAAAAUUGAUUGAUAUAAAAGCAAGCAUUAUUUUGUCAGCAUUUCCUAAUUUUCAAGCAUACAGCAAAGAAAACUAUUUUAGGUUCAAUAGAAAAGUAGCUUUAAACAAAAUUAAGGCCAGUUAUAAAAACUGCAUACAUGUACACUGUAAUGCUAUUAGUAAUUGUUCCUUGUACAGUUUUGGCUCUGCUGGCAACAAUACUGUAUUGUAGUACCCUUUAGUUUGUUGAGACGUGCCCCCCAUAUGCAGCAGUGGUGUAUUGUAUGUAUCUCAUUUAAUUUAGUAAUUGUUCGUAUUUGCAAAUUUCUCAUCUAGGCAAUUUAUAAGUAAGCAGGAAGUUACUUUUCUGAUGAGAGCUGCUUAAUAAUUUCCAAAUUUUUGGAAGUACUUCUGGCAUUUGUUGAAUGUAUUGUUCAAGCCUGAUAUCAGUGCCUGUUGCACAUAUUUUGUAAGCAGUCUUUGUAAGUAUUCUGAUUUCAGCAACUUUUUACUUAAAUGUUGUAUGUAUAUUGUUUUCAGUCAUUUGGAUUAAAAGGAAUUGUCUGAGUUUGCCAUUAUAAAUGUUCCAUUUACAGCUUUUUAUCUGCAUUAAGAACAUUAGUGAUUUUAGUCUAAAAAUAUGUGACAGGGUGGUUUUAGAAAACAGAGUUGUUUUCACAACUUUAUAUCUUAAUUGUUGCAAAUUAGUCAUUUACUGAAGAUUUUUUAAAUGUAAAAUUAGUAACCUAUUAUUUGGUUUCCUAGCAAAUCGUCUGAAACUGUAGGCUUGAAGGAAAUUUUAAAUGUCUGUAGACCUGUUAAAAUGCAAACAGAGAAGACCUAGGAGCUUUAUUCAUUUGUUGGUGUUAGGCUUACUUUCAGUAUUGUGUGUGUCAGUGGUUUGGAAGCUUUGCAAGAGUGUUUAUGUCCUAAUCUGGUUGAUUCAUAUUGUUUGAUAAGAUGCAUGGCACAUGAAUAUAAUUUGUACCAAGUUGGCUAUUUAUACAACUGUAAGUAAACUUUCCUUUUCAGUUUUAAUCUUUGUUCAUUCAUGAUUUAAUACUUUGAGCGUUGGGAAAAUAUCUAUCAUUCAUGCAGAUGCUCAGUUUGUCAGGUGAAAGACUAAAGUGGUUUUGGAGGGAUGACUGAAUCCUUAGUAACAAACAAGAUGGUGCCUGCUGACAUACGGGCACAUUCCUUAUAUGCAGUGAUGUUGAAGUUUCAGGACAUGCAGUUAUUAAAAGCAACAAGACCCACUGGAUCACAUGGAAAUCUGUAAAAGCAGAAAUUCAUACAAACAUGUCGGAAAGCAAUCUUUGGCAAUAUUACCUUCGGCUUUCGUACUUGGGGAGGUUGGGGGUUACGCAAGGCAAAUGUUUCACACUUUGUUAACUUUUGAAAGCACCAGCAUGAAAUUAGUGCUCACAGGUUUCAUGCAAACUCUGCAUUUAAAAUCUGAAUUGGAUGGAGGAAAAAAAAACCUCAAGCCAAAACAAUCAUUUUUGCAUUUUGAUGAAGGAUCAUAAUGCAUUUAAGAUUUUUCAGCAAAUCGAACAAAAAAAUAAACACAUUUACGGGGUAGUAUUCACAUGUUUUACCCCUUCUACCUUUGUUGCUUUCUUCUUUCACAAAUUUUUUUUAUAUCUUCUCCUUGAAGUCUUCUAAAAUAUUCAGUUUUGUAAAGCUCCACCUAAAUUUCAAAUAAUACUAUAGCGCUGUGGUGCCCAACCUUUCUCGGUCUCACCUGCCAGAACAUGUAGGUUUUGCCAGAAUUAUGAUGUUAAAAAAUGAAAUUAGGUUGUGUCUUGUUAAAAUGAGCGGAGUGGAUGUGACCCAUAGGUUGGGCACACCUGCUAUAGCGAAAAUUAGCCAUUGUGCAUACUUGAGGCCAUUUAACAUCAUUUAGUUCCUAAUAACAAUAACACUACAUUGCUCUACAUUUUCAUCAACUUGUGCUACAGUAAAUAAGAUCAAGAUUUAUAGACUGUAUGGAUCUUUCCAUAUGCAUUUCUAACUGUUCUUAGCAUGACAGCUACCAGAUUUCUUAGUAACCAACUUUGUAUGAAAAACCUCUCAAACAAGUUGCAUCUUGAAAGUGCUGAUAACACUUCAUAGGUGACAACACUCCGCUGCUGUAUCAGCAUUGUGUUGGUCUGUUUAUCUUUCAACUGUAGUUCAUAGCAAAGGUAUCAAACUUUUUAAUGCCACAUUUGUGUCAAAAAACGAUGAUACAGUACAGAAGUCGAAAUACAAAAAGCCUAAUACACAAAACGGAUUUAGAUUCAACGAUUUUAAAUAAAUACUUUAUGCACUCUGCUGCUUACAAAUCUUCAGGUAUUUCACUUCGACAAAAAUGGGUUUCUAAUAAACUUCAUCUUUUAACUAAAUUGUUACAGCAUAAAAAAAAAUCAAUUUAGAAGUAAUAUAAUAUGUCAUUACUUUUGUUACAUCUCUAGUCAUAUAUAUAGCUAUGUUCAUCUGUGUUGACACCUAAAUAUCUUGACUGUAAUUGCGAAUGAAAAUGAUAAACAUUGAAAACAGUGUACUUGAUGGCAAGGAACUUAUAAAAGUUAUUUUAAUUAUCGCUAUUUCACACAGAUGUAUUGUACCACGAAAAGCAUGUCAUCUAAGCUUUCAUUAGUGUAUCUUUUAACUUCACAGUGUAGCUGGUGUUUAUGUGAGAGUUUUUAUAGAUGUAUAUUUUUAUCAUGUCUGUAAAAAAACUAGUUCGUAAAGAUAGACAAGCUUACCUGGCUUAUGACAGGUGUGAAUAUCAGAUGACAGAGUUAUCAGCAAAGCCUACAGUUCAGAUGUGGCCAGCUCUUUCACAGGCAGCUUUUGACAGGAUAUUCUGUCAGCCUGUAACUACAGAGAUGGACACUCAAGACCAAAAUGACAAUAACAUUCCUAUCUGUAGCAUAUGCAACUUAAUCAGUUUUGACUUGAAACCUUUAGAGCACUGCAAGCAUCUUGCUUGUCAGAAAUGCCUAAAUGCUUUAAAAAGCCAUUCAGAAGAAGGAUUUGUUUGCAGAAAGUGCACUGAAUUGGGUGCAGUUGUCAAAGACUCAAGCAAAGAAGACCAGCUUUUAUCAUCACUAAAGCAAGAAGUGUCUGAACUGAAAGAACAGCAAAUUUCACUUUCCCAUUUUUCAGAGGAGGGCUCAGUAACAAUGCUUGAAGAAACUGUUCAAAGUAUUCGAAAAGCUGUUCUAGCAGCUAGCAAGCACUCUUUGUGCUUCGGCUGCCUUAAUAACAGAAAGCAAAAGACACCGGAUGUUACUUGUACAGACUGCAACAUCAGUUUCUGUGAAGGGUGUGGCAUAAACCAUAAAGCCAGUAAUGCAGACCAUGUGAUGUUACCUGAAAAACAAGAUGAUAAGCAGGAGAGGAAGACAACUAAGCCACGGUGUCACAAACACCCAGAUGUGGUGAUGGCCCUGUUCUGCAAAGACUGUGAGGUUGGCAUCUGCCAUGUGUGUGCCAAAACUCAACACUCACAGUGCUUGUCAGUGACCACUCAAAUCAAGCUUGCACAAGAAGAAAAAGAGAGGUUAAGAGAGUGUUCCAACCAAAAUUCUGAGGUGGUGAAGGUGUUCUUUGAGGAGCAACAGCAGACAAAGGAAGCCUUGAUUACCCUGACUAAUUUGAAGAAAGAGUCACAGGCCAAAAUCAGAGCAUUCUUUUCCACCUUGAUCAAGGCUUGCAUGGAUACAGAAGGGACAUUGCUGCAUGAACUAGAAAUGACCGUAUCUGAUCAUGUGGAUACUCUGCAGGAACAGGUGCAAGCCUGGGUUCAUCUCCAACAGCAGACCCAGCAACUGCUGGAGUUGGCAGACCUCAUCCCUUUGCUUUACCCUGGAGAUCUCUUGCCUUUGUCUGCUGCUACCAAAAUUGUUCUCAAUAAACUGAUGCGGCAAGGUGAAAACCUAGUGGCAUCAGCACCUCCAGCUAUGACCUUGUCACUUUGCCUGGACCAGUCCUCACAACGUGCGGUGGUCAAACGCAUAAACGAGAUAGGCCAGACUGCUUUGACCAUACAUACACAUGCUUUUCUUACACUGAAAGAGGUCACCACUACAUCCUUCAAGGUCUUGGGAGAACACAGUGAGCCCUUAGUCACUGGAUUAUUGCUGGUGAACCCACAGCUCCUCAUUGCUGCUGACUUCAACAACCACUGUCUCAAAGCGCUGCGAAGAGAAACUGGCAGGAAGGAGUGGUCUGUAACGAAUGUCCUGAAACUGAAAUGCAGGCCGCACAGCAUCACAUUAAUUCCUAAAUUUGAAGGAGGAAAUGAAGUUGCUUACAGCUCUGAGACAGCCAAACUCAACAACCGUUCAGCUCAUUCUGCACCAAAAGGUCAUGUUGAGCAGCACUUGGAAAGUGAUGAAGGGAAAAUUUCAGAUGACCAGACAGUGCCAUUGGUAGAUAAGCCCUUGGUAGAUGAUACAGAACAAGUAGCAGUAUCUUCUCCAGACGGCCAUUAUCUGGUGGCAUCAAUUCCCAUCAUGCCAUCUGCACAGAUGUCUGUGAUUUAUUCUAUACAGACUGAUCGAGGAUACUGGGGCUUAGCCAGUAUUAACAAGUCACUUGUCGCCUCACACUUAGAUCAAGGUCGAGCUGAUCUUGCCAUCCUUAACGAAAAAGGGAUCCAUCAACGUCUGCUUCCCUUAACUUCCCCGUCAUCUUCUGAUGUCUUGGUUUCACCUCGACACCUUGCUAUUGCUGAUCAGGGGUCCCGCAUUAUAGUGUCAGAUCAAGGCAAAAAAGCAGUCUUUUUACUGGCUUCCGAUGGAAAAGUUCUCUUCACCUUUACCGGUCAUGGUGGUCAACAUCUGGACCGACCCGAGGGCCUGUGCGUGGACAGUCAAGGACACACGUUUGUUGUGGACAGUACUCAUAACUCUCUGAUAAUGCUCACCAGUUCUGGACACCUCUUACGCCAAACAAUGCAAGGUUACUAUGGCCUUAAUUGCCCUCAGGCCGUUUGUGUGGACAGAAACAGUCAGAUCUACAUUUCUAAUCAUAGUGGCAAAGUACUUAAUGUUUAUGAAAUGCUGUGAGCCCUGAGGCCUUAGCCAUGUUCAUGGUCCAUACAAUCCAUACAUCCUGUUGGCACCAGAUUCAGUCUGAUGUCAUUUGAAAAUCUUAUGCAUGGCUUGUUAUUUUGAUCACUUUAUAUUUUUUGAUUUGCAUCAUCAACUUUAAGGCAUUCUAUUCUGUUAAUUUUUUGUUUAGUUAUACUGAUCAAGAAUCUGGAUGUUUUAAAGUAGGCUGUGUAACCAAAUAAGUGUUCCAAUUAGUGGUUUUGUCAGUGAUCCCCUUAAAGGUAAAAUUGCACACACCACCCUGAGCCUUUGAAUUGACAAUCACUUGAAUAGUGAAUAGGCAGAGUGUAACAAUGCAGGAAUAGAU